AUGGAGUUACAAGGAGAAGCUAGGGGAAAACCAAUGGCAGCAUUGAGUGCUCCACUUUGCCGGAUUUGUUUUAAAGAUGUUGGCAAGACUGUUGAUGGUGAACCGUUCAUUGCAUGCAGUGUUUGUGUUUAUCCUGUUUGUAGGCUUUGCUAUGAGGAUGAAAGGGAAGAUGGGAAACAAUCUUGUCCUCAGUGUAAUACCCGAUACAAGAGGCAUAAAGGAAGUCCUGCAGUUGAUGGAGAUGGUGAUGAAGUUGCUCUUGACUUUGAUUAUGAUAAGGAAGUUUCUCACAAUCACAUUCUACGACCGACAAAUGGACAAGAGGUGUCUGGAGAGUGUCCUGCAGCCUCCCAUGAGAGGCUCUCAACGCCAUCACCCGUAGUUGGUGGGGGGAAGCACGUCAAGAUUCUUCCAAAUUCGUCUGAUGUUAAUCAAUUUCCAAAUACCAGGGUUGCGGAUGCAGGACUGGGAAAUAUAGCGUGGAAAGAAAGAGUUGACGCGUGGAAGAUGAAGAAGGAAAAGAAUGCUGUUCCAAUGAGCUCAAGCCAAGCUUCUUCUGAAAGAGGCGAUGGAGAUGUUGAUUCCAGAUCUGAUGUACCUGUUGAUGAUUCGUUGUUGAAUGAUGAAGCUCGGCAACCUCUUUCUAGGAAGGUUUCUAUUCGAUCCUCUAAGAUAAAUCCAUAUCGCUUUGUCAUUGUUAUGCGACUGGUUAUCCUUUGCUUUUUCUUGCAUUAUCGAAUAACCAAUCCAGUGCGCAGUGCAUAUCCAUUAUGGUUGAUAUCAGUUAUGUGCGAGAUUUGCUUUGCCAUAUCCUGGAUAUUGGAUCAAUUCCCUAAGUGGCUUCCUAUCAACCGUGAAACAUAUCUCGACAGACUUGCACUGAGAUAUGAUCAGGAAGGAGAACCAUCCCAGCUAGCAGCUGUUGACAUUUUUGUCAGCACUGUUGACCCGUUAAAGGAGCCUCCGCUUGUGACUGCCAAUACUGUACUUUCAAUUCUUGCAGUUGAUUAUCCAGUGGAUAAGGUUUCCUGCUACGUAUCGGAUGACGGCGCUGCUAUGUUGACAUUGGAAGCUCUUGCUCAGACAUCAGAGUUUGCGAGAAAAUGGGUUCCUUUCUGCAAGAAGUAUACUAUUGAACCCCGUGCACCCGAGUCGUUCUUUGCGCAGAAGAUUGACUUCUUCAAGGAUAUAGUUCAGACAUCAUUUGUGAAGGAUCGUAUAGCAAUGAAGAGAGAGUAUGAAGACUUUAAAAUUCGUAUUAAUGAACUUGUUGAGAAGGCAACAGAAGAUCCGGAAGAAGGGCGGGUAAUGCAAGAUGGAAUGCCGUGGCCUGGAAAUAACGUCAGAGACCAUCCGGCAAUGAUUCAGGUUUUCUUAGGCCAAAGUGGAGGACUUGACACCGACGGCAAUGAACUUCCAUGUUUAGUAUAUGUUUCUCGUGAAAAGCGUCAAGGUUUCCAACAUCACAAGAAAGCUGGUGCCAUGAACGCACUUGUUCGAGUAUCUGGUGUUCUUACUAAUGGACCUUUCUUAUUGAAUCUUGAUUGUGAUCACUACAUAAACAACAGCAAGGCCUUGAGGGAAGCUAUGUGCUUUAUGAUGGAUCCUAACCUCGGUAAAUAUGUUUGCUAUGUCCAGUUUCCACAGAGGUUUGAUGGUAUUGAUAGGAACGACCGAUAUGCCAAUCGUAAUACUGUUUUCUUUGAGAUAAAUCUCAGAGGUUUGGAUGGCAUUCAAGGUCCUGUUUAUGUCGGCACUGGAUGUGUCUUCAAUAGGACGGCUUUAUACGGUGAUGAACCUCCUCUUAAACUGAAAAAAAAGAAGCCUGGGUUUCUAUCAUCACUCUGUGGUGGAAGUAGAAAGAAGAGCUUAAAAUCUAGCAAGGAAGGAUCAGAAAAGAAAAUGCCUAAGAAGCAUGUCAACCCAACUGUGCCCGUCUUCAAUCUGGAGGAUAUUGAAGGAGGUGUAGAAGUUGAUGAUAAGAAACCACUACUAUCAAAAGAACUCCUUGGGAAAAGAUUCAGCCAGUCGGCUGUUUUUCUUGAUUCUACGCAGAUGGAGAAUGGUGGUGUUCCUCAGAAUGUUACUCCAGAAAUGCUUCUGAAGGAGGCUAUUCAAGUUAUCAGCUGUGGUUAUGAGGAUAAAUCAGAAUGGGGAACAGAGAUAGGAUGGAUUUACGGUUCCGUCACAGAAGAUAUUCUUACUGGAUUCAAGAUGCACGCCCGUGGUUGGCGGUCUAUAUACUGCAUGCCAAAGCGGCCGGCAUUUAAAGGUUCUGCACCUAUCAAUCUUUCAGAUCGGCUAAACCAAGUGCUUCGGUGGGCUUUAGGUUCUGUUGAAAUUCUUUUCAGCCGACAUUGUCCUAUCUGGUAUGGUUAUGGUGGAAGACUAAAGUGGCUCCAAAGGGUUGCAUACAUUAACACCACAAUAUAUCCACUCACUGCCAUUCCCCUUAUCGUGUAUUGUUCCUUGCCAGCCGUCUGUCUUCUUAUUAACAAGUUCAUCAUUCCAAAGGUUAGCAACAUAGAAAUUCUAUGGUUUAUCCUUCUCUUUAUUUCAAUCAUGGCAACUGGAAUCCUGGAGAUACGAUGGAGCGGUGUUGGAAUUGAUGAGUGGUGGAGAAAUGAACAAUUUUGGGUGAUCGGUGGUGUGUCUGCACAUUUAUUGGCCGUGUUUCAAGGUCUAGUAAAAGUAGUAUUCAGAGUCGACACAAACUUCACAGUGACCUCAAAAGCAUCAGAUGAAAACGGAGACUCUGCAGAACUGUACAAGAUCAAAUGGACAUUUCUUCUGGUUCCUCCAACGACACUUUUCAUAUUUAACUUGAUAGGAGUUGUUGCUGGUGUAUCAUAUGCUGUGAAUGCUGGUUACCGAUCAUCUGGUCCGAUCUUUGGUAAACUUUUCUUUGCGUUUUGGGUAAUCAUUCAUCUCUUCCCUUUCCUUAAAGGUCUUAUGGGACGCAAGAAUCGAAUACCAACCAUUGUUGUGUUCUGGUCGAUCAUGCUUGCAACUGUUUUAUCUGUGUUAUGGGUUCGUCUUGAUCCGUUUACCACAAGAGUCAUUGGUCCUAAAGCUGAGAAGUGUGGAAUUGGAUGCUAGAACAAUCAUAGGCUUGGUGUUUUGGAUUGUAAUUAUAAUCGAAUACCAACCAUUUGGUUAUGUAUUUUUAAGUUAUGUGCAAUUUAUAUUAGAUACAUGAGAGCUAAAGU